AUGACUUAUAACUUGAUCCAGGACAAUAGUAUAUGGUCUGCCUCCAGCCUCGCCUCCCCCCCCGCCGCAAACUCCCUGGCCUCCCCCUCGACGCUGGCGGCCAAGGAGGAGCACCGCCCGCCCACCGCCCCGCCGUCCUACAGGGGUCUGCCCGACAGGAGCCCGGGCAUUGUGAUUCACGUGUGUGACGAAGCGCGAGGACUUCGCCAGGACUUCACGUGUCCGCGGGAUCUCCUGAUACACCACAUCGGGUACUUCGCCGAUGUCACUGCUGGCCAGCGUCUCGAGGAUGUAGACAUCUCAGUCCACUGUGACGUCAGCAUUUUCGAGUGGCUGCUGCGGUGGGUCAAGCGAGGUCAGACGGAAGACCACGUUUCUCCGACUCUUGAACCCAAGACUGCCGUGUCGAUCCUGAUCUCCGCCGACUUCCUGAAGAUGGCCCCGCUGGUGGAGGAGGUCCUGCAGUAUGUCCACGACAAUAUCAACCUUAUCCUCGAGGCUCAAGUCAAUCUAAGUUGUCUCUCCGAUGCUAUCCUCACUAGACUUGCCUAUCUGUUCACUCACUGGGAGCUGGAAAGUCUACGUGAUCGGCGGGACAGAAUCCAAAAUAAGCUGUAUGCCAAGUUCCUUCAGGGUUUGUGCGAGGCCUACCCUUCUCCUGCUCGAGGGAUCUUUAAAACGGCUUCCACGCUCUACAGGUGCACCGAGUGUGGAAAUCUCGUGACUCGAGGUGUAGAGCGACUGGUAGCUUGCAUGCCAGCUAAUACCUGCAUCACCACCACAGGACAAGUCUACUAUACACAUUCAAGGGACGCGACUUGGAGCCUGACUGAACAUGUGCGUCAACUGAAGACCGACCUGAAAACCUGGAGACUAGCCUACUGGCGGCUAUGGGGUCAGGUACACUUCCUACCGUGUUCCACUUGCGGCGCGGUGUUUCCGGGAAGUGAAAUGAAGUUCUGUCGCCACCACCGCCUCGACGCCGCUUCCUCCGACGUGGAUCUGCUCCUUGCUAGUGACACGUACCCUUGCUGUGGCGCCCGUGCCCUCAAGUUCUCCCCUCUGCCCGUGAGGAAUGGCUGCCUCACAUCUGACCACACAGUGCAACUCAGCCAGGGCGAAAGUGACAUAUGGGGUCCUAUUCCUCUUAUCUAUGACGACCUCCUCACGUUCCAGCUCCUCGUGUGCAUCGACCCUCCCUAUCAACUCACCCCUGAAUCCAAGAAUGUGUUGUGGACGGGGGUGCCUCUUGUGCCAUCUAACAAGGCUGAGCGGAGCUUCCUUGACCGCUCAUGGCUAGCACACUUUUCUCAUAGUGAGCGGGACAGCCAUGCCGCCGCACGCCCCGGACUACCAGAGAACACUGCUGCUGCUGCCACGACGAAUAUUAACUUGGGCGUAGGCACGGGCGUGAGCAGUGAGAGUUCUUCGGACGAGGAGGAGGGCGGAGGGCGGCCCGGACUCACGCCCAGAUUAAGAGCCAACCUCAUGCGGAGGGCGAACCGCGCUCGCCGUUCUGUCAACUGCGAGGUCAUGGCAGAGCCGAGCCUGAGGUGGGACAGCGGCCGCUCCACGCGCCACAACCAGGACGCACAGCGGGAGAAGGAGACGCGCCUGCUACGGGACCUCACGUCGUGGCUCACCCUGGCGGCUCCCAACGCCCACGACUCGAGCCACGGCUCCCACAAGGGACACCGCGGGCGUCCGGAUCGCCGACGAGAGUGCGCGAACGGACCCGACCCCGGCGUCUACUACCGGCUGGAAUCUGAGUUCCGCGAACGGCACGGCAGCCAUGGCCAUGGCCACAGCGGCGGAGGAGGCACCUUCAGGGCCAAAGUCCAGGCGAUUUCCAGGAUCAAGAUGAGGCUCAGGCAUAGAGCGGCCUUCUCGGCUUCGCGAUAG